AUGUUAAGCUCGCUACGAUUCCGGAUACCGUCGGUCGCUCGGGACGUCCUCGCUAUCCUAAAGCCUGGAACCGACGCAGAGACCAUAGUCAUGUUGCACGAUGCCUGCUAUGGCCACCGUUGGUCCCGACUGAAGACCGCUAAGUCGCAGCUGUCUUUGAUCGUCGAGAGGCCAGAGCGCAUACAUGCGAGCAUCUUGGGUGCUUCGACCGCUUAUGUGAGGCUUGGAGGACAUCAUGCCAGAGGGAAACAUGCACCCCAUCCAGACCUCAUGGGACCUACGAAGCCACCCUUCAAAAUACUGCGCUCAGCACGAUCUAUGGAUAUCACGUCCUCUUUUGUGACAAACGUUCAUGGCACAGCGUGGAUGACAGAGUUGCAAAAAAUGUGUCAUUCUGCUUCCGAAAAACUUGCCGCCGGAACGAAGGAGAUUAGCAGAGAUCCAACACCCGGAGCGCCCCCAAAGCAAGAACUUCACGCUGGUGAUUUGUACCUAGCACCGGGUUCGCUAGACGCUUUCCAAGGCGCGCUUGGUGGCGUUGCAGAUGCGAUUGACGCAGUCUUCAACCCGACCACAACGACCAAACGAGCAUUUGUUGCAUACGCUGCGCAAACCUACGGCCUGACUCACGCUGCCAUUCUGGACUUCGACCUUCACCACGGCGAUGGUAGCCAGGCUAUUACAUGGCAGCGCAAUGGCAGGAACUAUGAGAAGCGACUUGCAGCCAAACCAAACAGCAAGCUGAAGCUCAAUCCGGAUAUUGGUUAUUACAGUCUUCAUGACAUCAACAGCUAUCCAUGCGAGAUGGGUGACGACGGAAAAGUGCAAGCAGCCAGCCUCUGUAUAGAAAAUGCACACAACCAGUCCGUCUGGAAUGUGCAUCUUCAGCCAUGGGCUACACAAGCCGAGUUUUGGAGACUGUACGAGGAUCGCUAUCGUAUACUGCUCGACAAGGCCAAGAUAUUCUUGCAAUAUCAUGCUACAAGAAUAAGGCAGGAAGGCAAAAUACAGCCGAGGACUGCGAUCUUCAUCUCUGCCGGAUUCGAUGCUAGCGAGCAUGAAGGCGCAGGCAUGCAACGACACAAAGUUAGUGUUCCGACUGACUUCUAUGCUCGUUUCACCGAGGAUGUCGUGAAUCUCGCAAAGGAGAUCGACGGGUGUGACGGCCGAGUCAUCAGUGUACUGGAAGGUGGCUACAGUGAUCGUGCAUUGUGCAGCGGUGUUCUGAGCCAUCUCUCGGGCCUAUGCGCUUCACCAGUGACCACGCAGACGAACGGUAUUGAGACGUUGAUGGAUCUCAGCGAGCGUAUGAAUGGGCUUGGCAUCAACGGCUCCGCAAAUGAGGCUUCUCUUCGCUACGACAGUGACUGGUGGUCCGUGGCAAAUCUAACUGCACUUGAGCAUAAGGUGAACCCGCCCCCUCCGCCGCAAGCCAAGAAAGUGCGCACUGGGCCUCAGCCAACGUAUGCCACGCCGACCGAGUCCUUUGCCUACAAGGUGGUUGAUGCGGACAAGUUUGCACGUUCGAUAUCUGGGACCAUGAGAGAGACCGCUGUGCCCGCGCGCCCUUUGACGCCACCGCCUCCAGAAGUUAACUGGGUUGUGGCGACUCAAGAACUUUCAAACCUACUGAUUCCCGCUGAUCGACAGACAAAGAGCUGCACGGUCGAGGAACUUGCAGGACCCAGAAAGGAGAAGCAGCCGGCUGCGCCUCUCGAAAACUUGCCAAAGACGAGGCAGCUGCGAGAUCGAAGAGCUAAGACUCCCGCAUAUGCUGAGAAUGCGCCGCCGGUACCUGCUGUUCCCGCGAAGAUUGCAAUGAAACCGCCACCUGUCCCGGCCAGCUCGAUUCCGAACAAGAAGAUCAGAGCGGCUUCCGGCACGCGAGUACCAGCAAAUGGUAGCACGAAGUCAGAGGUACCUGCAAUGAAGCCUGUACGGCCGGCGACGAGCACAGUCAGCACGAGCGCAGCGAAGAGCAAUGGAGAUGUGGAUAGCUUGACAUCUGGCAUGAAGAAAAUAACGCUCAAAGUCAGCAGCACAAAAGAGGAGCACGAUGCGAAGCAGAAGGCUCAACUGGACGCGAAACGUAGAGCGACAGCCUUGAAGGGUGCUGAGACGCGCAGAGUCAACGCUGCAGCCAAAAAGGCAGCCCAGGCCACUGCGACAGCUCAAGCAGCACCGGCGAAGGCCACGCAUCCAGCAUCUAAAGCAACUCCUGCGGCACCGAUAGUGCAGCCAACUCAGCCUGUUCCCGUCAGGCUGCCUCAAGAUGUGAAACCACAGCCCUCAGAAGCUGACUCUCGGAUGACCGGGAUUGAGGAGUCUUCGAAAGAAAAUAUGGUACCGAACUCUACGUCCAAUGCAGAGUGGGGCAUUUCAAGAGUGCCAUCGAUCCAAAUGGAUAGUUCUAGUGCGGCAGGACCUGUCACACUUGAGACGUCUUCACAGCAUGCGGCCAUUUCCUGCAGCGCUACUCCAAUUGAGGUCCCCGCAGCCUUCAAUGUGCCCGCCGAGAAUCUAGACUUUCCAGAGUACGCUAAUAGCGAUGGCGGUUUGACUCCACCCGCCACGACACCGAUCAUUGCGCCGGCUGAAGAACCUAUUGUAGUACCAGUGUCUGGCGAUACUGAAGACCCAACACUAUGGAAUAGCCAGCCUUCGCAGAAUACUUCCGAACCACCACAGUCCGAGCUUUGGACGAAGCCAGAAGCAAAUGGCGUUCGCGAACAGUCGCUCCAAGACAGCAAGAAUGUCCAUCCACCCUGGACGCCGCGACCUGCAAAGCCUGGCGAUCUACCUGUCUUCACGAGCACUGGAGCAAUUCCCUUCGGCACGGUCCCGGAGAGUCCACAGAGACUAUGGAAGGCCCAGGCUGGUCAGGCGAAAGCGUCUGAUUCCAAAUUACACGACCUGUAUGAGCAGGAACAGAAGUCUACCAACGAGCAGAGCGUGUGGGAAGUACCAGAUACGCCGGCAAAAUAG